GGCAUUUGGUUGUUUGUUUAGAUAUUAAGAGAAGGGAGGGAGAGAGAGAGAGAGAGAGAGCUGAUGAUCUCGCGAUUCUCAUGAACGGUGGAUCUGUCGUGUUAGGCUUCUAUUGCUGAGGUUGGGACUUCCUUACUGCCCUUCUUCUCUUCUCUUCUCUUCUCUCUCUCUCUCUAACAAGUUUUAUAUAUAUAUUUACAUAUAUUGAGAGAGAGAGGGGAAAGAAAUUAAAGAGUUUUCGUUACCAAAGUUUAAUUAGCUUACUAUAUAUAUAUGAUCGAUGGAGAGUAGUAGUGAUCAGAGUCAUCAUGGAAAGGGUUUGGUGGAAUAUGUGAUGAGGAAGGCGGCGCCACCACCCUUCUUGCUGAAGACGUAUAUGCUGGUGGAGGAUCCGGCGACGGACGAGGUUAUUUCGUGGAACGGCGACGGCACGGCGUUUGUGGUGUGGCAGCCGGCGGAGUUCGCCAGGGACUUGCUUCCUACGCUCUUCAAGCACAGCAAUUUCUCCAGCUUUGUUAGGCAGCUCAACACCUACGGUUUUCGUAAAGUCGCAACGACCCGAUGGGAGUUCAGCAACGACAUGUUCCACAAGGGCGAAAGAGAUAGACUCUGUGAGAUCCAUCGGAGAAAAGCAUGGUCUCACAAGCCACAACCUAACGUACAACUCCAAGCAGCACAGAAGGACUCAUUAGACAACGACGACCAAAAAUCAUCAUCGACUUCAUCCUCAUCGGAGUUCACCAUCCUCGUUGAUGAGAACAAGAGGCUCAAGAAAGAAAAUGGGGUUUUGAAUUCCGAGCUCGGGAUCAUGAAGAGGAAAUGCAAAGAGCUUCUUGAUUUGGUGGCCAUCUAUGGAGUGAACUCGAAGAAAAUGGAAGAAGAAGAAGAAGAGAACAAUGAGGGGCCAAAGCUUUUUGGAGUGAGAUUGGAGGUUGAGGGUGAGAUGUUAGAGAAGAAGAGGAAGAGGGCUGAGAUUAGUGAGAGUGCUAGGCUUAUUUUGUCCCAAUCAUGCAAAUAACGAAAUUUGUGGGGUGGGGUUGAUUUAUAAAUUAGCAAUAAUAUAGGGUGAGAAACGAAAAACUUAAUUAGAGUCAUAAUAGUUUGUCAUGCAUGCAAAUCAAGAGCUGUGAAGAUACAGUUCAUAGUCUAUCACAAA